CUGUGGGAAGGCUCUCAGCGGCGGAGGGAGGUGCCAAGCCCCUUCUUCGCCACCCAGAUCUGCGGGCGGGACAAGGGGAGGACCUGAGACGUGCUUUAGUGCCAGGCGCGAAUGGCCUCCGGCUGCUCUGAGCUGGCCGCUCCUGGUGGGUUCUUUCUCUGUCCCGUCACAAGCCCACUGGCAAAGUCACCGGCUAGGUAGGUGGAGGCUGCAGCCCGUCUCCCAGCUCUUAGGAGCACUAAGGGGCAGCUGCACGGAUGCAGAUGCGACCCGGGGACCCCUGAGGUUUGGGGGAGAAAGGAUUUGAAAGAGAAGGGAUGCACUCGGCUAGCUUGCUAGCCUCAAUGACAGGCUUGCAUCGCGAAUUUCCUAGGACGGUGGCAGCCGGCAUGUCACCGCGAGGCGGCAACACUGCUUCUGAAGAGUAGUAACUUCACUGACUUGGAAAACUUUGUCUCCACUCUUGGCUCUGAAAGUUGCGAGCUGCCCUAGAGGGGGGACAGACGCAGCACUGCCACGGGGAGGGUCAAGGCUAUCAGCCAGCCCGCGACCUUCAGAAAGUCUUAAUUUCCAUUCGGGACCUGGUUCCCAGGUAUUCUGGAGGCCGCGCCUCCCCGCCCCUGGCCCUCCCCUUGGGAUCUAGCCUUGGGCCAGCAUCCUCCUCCCUCUCGGUCCGGGACAGCCGCAACUAAAAGCUGGAGGUUCCAGGCUGAAUCUGCUUUCUGCUCUCCAGCCUGGCUAGACUGAGCCGGGAAGGGCGAGCCCAGCCGGCGUUAUGCUCUCCUUCAGCUGCUGGAGUAGAUAAGUUUUCAGCGGAGUCUCCAGAACUGCGUUUGCUGCGGGACAAAUCCCAGGACCGGAUGGUAUCAUGGAUCCAUCCAGGGAGCAGCUGCAAAGUUCCGAGGCUCCCAUCUCCACGCUUUCCGAAGAACCCCCGCCCACGGAGGUGCUGUCUGUCCCCGAGGUCCUCUGCGUAGAGGGUGGCACCUCGGAGACCCCGAGCCCUGACGCUCAGCUCCAGGACAGGCCCCUGUCGCCGCAGGAAGAGGCGGCUCUCCCGGAGCAGGAGGAGCUGCAGGAAUAUCGCCGCCCUCGUGCGCGCUCUUUCUCUUUGCCGGCGGACCCCAUCCUGCAGGCCGCCAAGCUCCUGCAGCAGCAGCAGCUGACCGGACAGCCCGGCGCCGAGUGUGGCGAGCCGGCCGUAGACUGCUGCGCCAAGUGCAAGAAGCGCGUGCAGUUCGCGGACUCGCUGGGGCUGAGCUUGGCCAGCGUGAAGCACUUCAGCGAGGCAGAGGAGCCGCAGGUGCCUCCCGCCGUGCUCUCCCGUCUCCGCAGCUUCCCGCUGAGCGUCGAGGACCUGAAGCAGGUCGGGGGGCUGCUGACGGUGGCAAAGGUGCCCGCGCCCCUCUGGGUGCCGCGGAUCCAGCUCCGACCCCUCUUCCAGCUCCCGGGGCUGAGCGCUGCGGAGGAGCGUCUCCGGCGACAGCGAGUGUGUCUAGAGAGCGUGCAAUGCUCCCAGCCGCCCCGCGCCGAGGUGACCGGCUCCGGCCGGGUGAUCAGCUGCCCCGGACCCAGGGCUGUGGCGGUGCGCUACACCUUUACCGAGUGGCGCACCUUUCUGGACGCGCCGGCCGAGCUGCAUCCUGAGUCACCGGAGCAGCUGCCUCCUGUGCCAUCGGGGCACUCUGGACCAGGGGCUGAGGAUAGUGAGGAGGAGCUGGUCACCCAGCGUUUCUGCUUCUCGCUGUGCCUGCCCCCAGGUCUGCAACCCAAAGAAGGGGAGGACGGUGACACAUGGGACGUCGCUAUUCAUUUUGCCAUCUGCUACCGCUGCGAACAGAGCGAAUACUGGGAUAACAACGAGGGGGCCAAUUACACCUUGCGCUAUGUGUGCUCCACAGAUCCACUCUGAGCCCUGGAGCUUUCUUUGUUUGAGACAUGGAGAGAGGUUGACCAGCACGCGAAGUUCCAUCAAGAGCUCUUGAGGAACCUUAGCUGAGCGUCGCAUUAACCAAGCUUGGAGAGAAAGGAGCAAAACAUUAAAUAAACCAUCAACUCGCAGCGCAGAUCAACACGCCAGCAAGCACAGCGGGGCUGGCAAUGCUAUGACUCUCUUUCCACUAACCUUUCUACUUGCCUUCUAGAAUUCCCAGGCUGCAAUGGACUAAGGAACACCCCAGUCCCCCAUGCAGGGAUUCUCACCAAGAAAGGGGCUGUGGAACCCUGUGACCUUGGGGAUUUGUUUCUAAUGUGAGAGGUGGUCCUUACAGCUUGAUGAAAAUCUGCAGGGAAAGAUAGGCACCCCGUCUCCAGGAGGGAACCUUCACACCGAGACUUGAUUCUCAGAAGGCUCGGUGGGUGCUGAUCAGCCUUUCCUUUUAUCUGGGAUCUGGAAACGUUUGCCCAGAAGCAGCGCUAUUUUCUUCUGUGAUUGGAUACAAAUGCCCUUUUAAAAAGUAAAGGCCAUGUGCACAUACUUUCCCUCCGUGCUUCAUGUUUCACCUUCUGAGGGUUUGGGUUUGGGGAGGCCUUGGCCAUCGGGGGUGCUCAGCUGACGACACAGACAGCAUUGACAUACUUUCUCUUGAUGUGGAAGAGCCCAAGUUCUCCACACUGGGAAAAGCGAUCUUGAAAACAUACAAAAAGUGCUCUGUCCCUUGUCAUAGUAAAAUGUUGGACGAAUUAAAAUGCCAGAGGCCUUGGCUGUGAGCUGCAGGAACCCAUCACAUUCGUCCCAACCCUUUUGUGCACUUAGAGCUCCUAAUAGCUGCCCCACUCUCUGGGCCAUUAGUAGUCAGAGAAGCUGGGCUCUCGCAGGCUGCACUCCAAGUGCAGGGUUUGGGGGCUGGACAGGUGGCUUCUUUCUCCUCUCAGAGGCAAAGCACACUCAGCUAGUGCUGUUGCUCAGAAUCAAAACGGGCACUCUGCAUAGCAACCCCCUAGGCGCGGGUGUGGGGAGCUUCACGCACUGUGGACGGCCCCAUACUCUGAGAUGUGUCCAGGUCUGAGUGGGAGCGCACUCUGGGUGAAGACUCCGUUUUCUUCCCACUCUUCCCCCAGUAACUUACUUUCUUUUGAAAAUUAUUAUUCAAAGUGUCCUACUUUCUAGCACGUGACUAGCAUAAUUAGUUUGGAGUAGACUAAAUUUAAGGGGAGAUGGUUUCAUAGUUCUACAGAUGGGUCAGCGCAAGUACCAAAGAUCAAACAUGGCCCAAAGUGUGUUUUCACGGAACCAGAGACCUAUAAAUGAUUUUCACGUU